AUGGCAGACAAAAAGCUUGCACGCGUGUCCCGGGCGACGAAAAGCAGAGAGCCGUCGCAAUCGAAACGUGACCCCAGCAAAGAGGUCACCGCCGAGGCGCCGAAAACAAAAAGCAGGAAACCGGAGCCGAGAAAGGAGCCCGUCAUCGUUUCAUCUCAGCAGGCCAAAGGCAAAGUGGCCAGCAGGAGUCUGAGCAGGAAAGUGAGCGUCACCGAAAUCGCCUCGCCCAAAAACAGCUUGGCCGUCGGCAGAGGGACGGACAGGGGCCGUGCAGGGACGGACAGGGCCAAAGGGGCCACCUCCAACAAACAGAUUCCGGUCAGGACUGUGACCAAAAGGGAGGCCGAUUUGGACGAUAAGAGGGCUUCACAUGAGAGCCGAAGUUUGGCGCGAGGCGCAAAGGUGGUGCGUGAAAGGAUGCGGACAAGGACUAUCAGUCCGAGGGACGACGCCCCUGCACCACCUGUCAAAGAGCCCAAAGUGACUAGGCAAGAGUCGGAAAACGACGAUUACGAGGACGAAACUUUUGAGGAUUACGAGUCGGACUUUGAGGAAUCGCCGGCAACGAGUGAGGAGGAAGAGGAAGAGUUGAGAAAACCGGAAGCGGAGAUUGACAAAGAGGAGCCGCGGGAAAUGGUCAGUUUGCCGGCGGCUGCGGCCAAACCCAUCUCAGCCCUGGCCAGGACGCAAAACAAUCAAGUUACGAGAAAACAGCCUGCAAUUACCAGGCGCGAGAGUCGCAGCGAUUUGUCGGUGGCGCCUUCGAGCGAGCAAGAUUCUUGGGAAAUAAAAGCGAUCGCGCCCGUCGUCGGCGAGCAGGCGACGGUCAAAAGGACGACGACGGUGGUGGUGCCGCAGCCGCCGCCCCAAAAGCGGCAAAAGGAAGCGGAGCAAAGUGCUGAAGCUGCGAGCGGCUACGAAGCAGUCGAGGAUCGGCCGCAUUUUGAGCAGGUGUCCACAACAGGUAGUCAAAUAAAAAUGCUCAAGUUGCUGCGACUGGACGUGGUGAAUUGCGAAGCUCUGGAUAUUCCACCAAAUCCGGUGGUGGCGAAACAUUAUUCAAAUUCAACAGAGACCAAUGAGGAUGGGAGGAAAAGUUCAUCGACGGAAAAGUGGACGCAACACCCGCCGACACAGGAAGCGAUUGGCGGCGGAAGUUCACCGUCGCCGGAAGAGAUCGUGUCGGAAAAACUCGCUCAAACGCUGCAAAACGCUUCCGAAAAGAUUGCAUUUUCGGAGCUGCUGAAGGAGCACGUUGAGUUGGAGAACGCAGUGGAAAGUGUGGGUCUAGGUGCUGAAAUCCGCAACGUUGCCAGCCAGGGCUUCAAAUUUGCGGGCAAGAGCGACGUUCUGAAGCAGCGGCCGCCGAAAAUACUGUACUUUGCAGAGCCGUCGCGACUCGUCUCGGUGCACGAAUGGCAGGAUAAUGGCGACGUUUUGUUCGUGUGGACCGCCCUAAUGGACACGGAGACCCCCAGCUACGUGCUCGGCUCGCGCGGCGCCGUCACCUGUGUGUGCGCGGCGCCCUCCGCCCCCUCCCUUGUUUUCGCAGGCACCAACGACGGGACAGUUUGUUUGUGGGAUUUGCAAGAGCCCUCUUCAAAUCACUCAACGAUGACGUUCGGUUCACAGCCACUUGUUGUUCGCUCGCCCACUUUUACCACAGCGUUGAUGAAAGGGGUGCACGCGUUCGCCAUUCGCGGCUUGUGCAGUGUGGCUGGUGACCAGUUGGUCAGCGUGGACCAGGAGGCCGAGAUGACUGUGUGGUCAGUGGUGUGGCCCUCAGCAGGUCUCUGCCACUUGGUGCGCAACGUCCAGCGACACUUGCACUCAGAACUCGGCAGGGAAGGGGAGUCUGCAGAGGUGACGGACGUGGCUGUGGUGAAGGAGAGGUUGCUGGUCGCUUUUGACACUGCCCUGGUCGCUGCCCUGUCGCCCCUUUCGCAGGCUGGCAAGGUCAAAAAGUACGCCUCCGUUCGAGGGAAAGUUCUGGGCGACACGAGGCUGGCAGCGAGUCCGCAAGGCAAGAACUCUCCGUACUUCUUGGUGCUGGACGGAUACCGAGACGUGACUUUGUUCCACCUGGAGCAGUCGCGGGCGUUGUGGCAACUGCCCUCACACGCCACCAAUGACCUGCGACCCCAGAGCAUCUCUUGGGCGUCGGCCGGGCUGUGGUUGUUGCUGGGCAGUGGGACGCGACUCGCCCUGUGGGACGUCGACGUGUCCGGCAACGAAAACUGCCGUCAGGUGGCCGCCUGCGACACCCACAAGAAUCUCGUGUAGGAAUGCAAAUUACUCCCGUUUAAAUAUUAUUGAUUAUUAAUUUCUCUGGUAAAAACUGUAGCUUUUGUGGCAUUAAACAAGAGACUAAAUUAUUUAUUUAAUUAGCCGGGAUCCACUUGUAAUAUAAAUAAAAUGCAGGAGAAAAGUUUAAUUAAUUCUGUUGAAUUAAUUAUUAUUGUUUUGUCAAAUGAAAUUAAAUACACGUCAUAUUUAUCAAUAAAAUCAAAAUAGAGCAAUAAGAGCAAAAUAGAUCAAUGAUCAAAUGAGCAAUUCGGAUCGAGAGUUUUCAAUCACUUUUCUUACACAUCGCCGCGGCUGCGGCGGAGAGAGAGAAGGAAAGCAGGGGCUGCUGCUGGAGUUGCCGUGCUGCUGCUUCGGGGCGGCCGGAGGGCCGCGCUGACGUCACAGCUACUCAGGGGCGCCUCGGAAGGGCGCAGGGUUGCUCAGGGUGGCCGGUGGGGCGUUUGCGCGUCUAUUUGGAGUAGACGAGGUGGGCAAACUUGGCAAAACCCCGCUCUCGCAGUGUCACAAGGAAAACCACCCGAAAACCUGUGACGAGAGCCGAAACCGAGCCGAAAAGUCUCUCAAACUCACAAAUCAGGCUAAUUAGAAAUGUUCACUGGUUUCAGUUCAAGGAUCGAGCCUGAUAACUUGGAAAUGCGCGCACAAUCAAUUUACAAUGAAAAACAAUUACAGUGAGAUAAACUCCCGAGCGAGGUGCACUCGGGGGCUGCUUGGAGCGAAGUGAUACUUCUUAUUUUUAAUACAAAAUCUCUGCACAGAGUUGGUCAGCGAGCGAGGCUAGUUUAUAUUACAUUUGAUUGGUCGGUCCUCAGGAGGGUGGGUUUUACCUCCUUUGGGCCUACGUGCAGUUUGCGCUUUUCUUUCUCACGCGCUUCCUGCUUAAAAUUCAGGUACACGAAAAACAUCUUCAGAGAAAUACAUUCUUUCUUAUAUUAUUUACGGAUGGUUGUAAAAGAGAAAUCUGGCGACGGCCAGACCGCGAACAUCUGCACAAACGCACUCUUUUCUUUCUUCUUCUUCUGCGUGUGGUCAGGGCAGAUUAUAAGGGUGAGCGCUGGGCGCGCUCUAUUGUUCGGCGUCUCUCUCAGGUACCUGCUCCUGCAGGUACUCGGCCGUGCGGUCGUCCCAUCUCUCAGCGUUUCUCCUCUCUCAUCUCUCAUUAUCCUAAAUGCUCAUAUAUUGACCAUUGCUCUUAAUUAAAUUAUAGACGUGUGAAUUAAAUAGUUGAAUUUAUAUUGAUGAUUGCUCUUUAAUUAGUCUGCUUAAUUAUUUUAUAUGAGAAUUAUGAUCUUUUAAUCAGGUGAAUAUUUUAAUUAAAUUUUUUAUAAGGUAGACAAGUAAUGGUAUAUUACAUGCCACCCCGAAAAUAUUAAAACAGGGUGUUUUAAAAUUUUCGCACUCUUCAUCACACAUUCUUAGUGUCCUCAAACGUGCAAGCAAGCUCAUGCCAUUUUGACACUCAUGCAAAUUCACAUCAAUUUCACCAAACCAUUUUCUCAAACACACUAUAUUUCUAGUGUGCGUAAAUUUUUAAAAGUUGUUUUCCUUCUGAUUAAUAUCAGAAAUGCAAAAUUAUGUUUAAAUAUUUGGUUUUUAAGUAGCAAAUUUGGCUCCUUGGCUUGCUCGACCAGAAUAAAAUUUUAAUAGCAGUUUGGGAUCCUUGGCCUGCAUAACCAGAAUUAACAUUACAAGCAAUUUGGGCUCCUUGGCUUGCUUAACCAGAAUUAAAUCUUUUGCUUGGAUUCAAACUCAACACCCACGAAGAGGUGGAGCGAAAC